AUGACAGGUCCUCCACGGAUGGUGUUCACGAGACGAAUCGAGAAGGAUCUUAUUGAUUGUUCUUGGCUCACUCCUUGGCCUAAUCGACAUGGAGAGCCACAACGGCGCUUCCUAGCAAGAAGAGCUUGCCUCAUCUUGCACAAGAAUAAAGAGGUGAACUUCAAGCUAUGGAAAGAAGCUGAAGCAUACGGUGAUAUCCAGUUGAUGCCGUUUGUGGAUUAUUACAGCCUGCUUACAUACAAAACCAUUGCUAUUUGCAUCCUUGGGACAAAAAUACUGCGCGCCAAAUACAUAAUGAAAAUGGAUGAUGAUGCAUUUGUAAGGGUCGAUGAAGUUUUGUCGAGUCUCAAGGGAAAGCCUUCAAACGGACUUUUGUACGGUCAUAUAUCUUUCGAGUCAACCCCACACAGGGACAAGGACAACAAAUGGUUCAUAAGUGAUGAGGAAUGGCCACAUUCAUCCUAUCCUCCUUGGGCCCACGGGCCGGGCUACAUAAUCUCCCAAGACAUUGCAAGAUUUAUUGUUCAAGGCCACAAAGAGAGGGAUCUCACGCUGUUCAAGUUGGAAGAUGUUGCUGUGGGCAUAUGGAUCAACCAAUACGAAACGAGCGGGAAAAAAAUCGAAUACUCGAACGAUGAUCGGUUUUACAACGCGGGAUGUGAUACGGAUUAUAUGUUGGCCCAUUACCAAAAUCCAAGGAUGAUGCUUUGCCUGUGGGAAAAAUUGCAGAAAGAGCAUAAAGCUGAAUGCUGUGAAUGA